AUGAAGCGCUUCAGCCAGAGAGUCCUCUCACGAGGCAAGAGCGAUGGCAAGUCGUCCAAGAAGAAUAAGGACUCGAAAGAUGGCACAGCUUCGCCCUCCUCUGGACGCGACACCCAGUCCCCCGUACAGACCCCAUCGUCAUCCACGUCCAAUCUCAACGAUCCGAGAAACAAGCCAUUGCCUCCCAAUUCUGGUCUGGGGGGAGACCAUUUCGGCGGCCAGGGACAAGCUCCCGCAGGUGGACAAGGCGCCGUUGAUGGGUUUGGUGGGCUAGUAUCUCCCAAUGGCGCUGGAACACCUUCGAGGCACGGCGGACCUCUACCGCCGACUGUUGUCAUCAGCCCGAGCGCACCCCAUGUUCCUCCCCCAGGGGCUGCCGAAACGAUGCCUGGUGACCUCCCACCACCAAAGGCUGGACAGAAGUCACUCAUGUUCGAUCGCCUCCACCAGACCCCAAAGGAUGUCCCUGAAGGGCUUCGCACACCGAAGAGGACCCAUUCGUCACGCUUCGAUAUCUCUGCACACCGUGAACUCGAGAAGCUGCCGGGCUUCCACGAAGUCCCGCCGAACCGCCGCCAGGAGCUCUUCAUGCAGAAGAUUGACCAAUGCAACGUCAUUUUCGACUUCAACGAUGCCAGUGCCGACAUGAAAUCAAAAGAGAUCAAGCGUUUGGCCCUACAUGAGCUGCUCGACUAUGUCGCCAACAACCGCCAGGUCAUCACAGAACCCAUGUAUCCGCGUGUCGUGGAGAUGUUUGCCAAGAACUUGUUCCGUCCGAUCCCGCCUCCCAUCAACCCUCAAGGCGAGGCUUUUGAUCCCGAGGAGGAUGAGCCUGUACUCGAAGUCGCCUGGCCGCAUAUCCAGGUAGUCUACGAGUUCUUCCUGCGCUUCAUUGAGAGUCAAGACUUCAACACCAACAUUGCCAAGGCAUACAUUGACCACAGUUUCGUCUUGCAAUUGCUUGAGCUGUUCGACUCCGAGGAUCCUAGAGAGAGGGACUUCCUGAAGACCACCCUCCACAGAAUUUACGGCAAAUUCCUCAACCUUCGCUCUUUCAUCCGACGAUCCAUAAACAACGUCUUCUUCCAGUUCACAUACGAGACAGAACGAUUCAAUGGUAUUGCCGAGCUCCUAGAGAUUCUGGGCUCCAUCAUCAACGGUUUCGCCUUGCCUCUGAAGGAAGAGCACAAGCUGUUCCUGACCCGCGUUCUGAUUCCGAUGCACAAGGUAAAGAGCCUCAGCAUGUAUCACCCACAGCUGGCGUAUUGCAUUGUCCAGUUUUUGGAAAAGGAUGCAUCCCUCACUGAGGAAGUCGUCUUGGGACUGCUCCGGUACUGGCCCAAGGUCAACAGCACCAAGGAGGUCAUGUUUCUGAACGAGGUCGAGGACAUUUUUGAGGUUAUGGACCCAGCCGAAUUUGCCAAAGUUCAGGAACCUCUGUUCCAUCAGCUUGCCAAAUCGGUGGCAAGCCCCCAUUUCCAGGUCGCCGAAAGGGCCCUUUACUUCUGGAACAACGAAUAUUUCUGCAACCUGGUCAGCGACAACGUCGAGAUUAUUUUGCCGAUCAUGUUUGCGCCACUUUACGAAAACUCGAAGGGUCACUGGAACAGAACUAUUCAUGGCAUGGUGUACAACGCUAUGAAGCUGUUCAUGGAGAUCAAUCCUCAGCUGUUUGACGAUUGUUCCCACGAGUACACCGAGCAGCAGAACAAUGCCGCGGCUCGAGAAGCUAUGAGGGAAAGAAAGUGGGCUGCCAUCAAGGACCUAGCAGCUCAACGUAAGACGAACGGCUCGGCCGCCAAUGGAGCCGGGGCGUCACUUGACGAAUCGGAUGCCGCCACGGACGAUAACCAGAAACGACUUGACUCUUUGAACCUGGGUGAGGCCGACAGAAGACGGCCACAUGAGCGGCAAGCAUCAGUAGGCUCGACCAGAAGCCAAAGAUGA